AUGCAGGCCCCACUGAACGAUACUGAUCAAGUGGUUGAAGCGAUUCCCCGCUCUACAGCUACGCCAAUUUGGACAAAUAAUGUUUCAGAUAUAAAAACAGUUAAGGUAAGUAAUAUAUCAAUGUCUGCUAAUGAGAAGGAUAUUGAAGGUUUUUUCUCGUUCUCAGGGGAUAUUCAAAAUAUUGAAAUGCUAAGAGAAACUGAGAGCACUCAGGUGGCAUAUGUUACAUUUAGGGAUUCACAGGGAGCAGACACAGCAGUGCUCUUAACGGGUUCCAACAUAGUUAAUAUUCCUGUCACCAUCACACCCGUUGAGAACUACCAGCUCCCCCCUGUAGCUCUUCCCUCAACUCCUGAAAAAAAGCAAACUCCUGCUGGUGUUAAGAAAGCUGAAGACGCGGUAAGCACCAUGUUGGCGAAGGGUUUCAUUCUAGGAAAGGAUGCAUUGAACAAAGCGAAAUCCUUUGAUGAACGUCAUCACUUGACCUCAAAUGCUUCUGCCACGGUAGCUUCCAUUGAUCGUAAAAUGGGUAUAAGCGAUAAACUAAGUAUAGGAACAACUAUUGUGAAUGAGAAAGUAAGGGAGAUGGAUGAAAAAUAUCAAGUCUUUGAAAAGACCAAGUGUGCUAUUGCUGUUGCUGAGCAGAAGGCAAGUAUUGCUGGAUCAGCUAUAAUGAGCAAUCCAUACGUGUUAACUGGAGCCAUGUGGGUGUCGAAUGCCAUUACUGCUGUUGCAAAAGCAGCUGAAGAUGUAACCACAAUGACCAAAAAGAAGCUUGAGCUGGCAGAGGUAGAAAAAAAGGAUUUCAUUUACAGUGAAAGAAAAAGUACCCUUGAUGAAUUGGAAAAACACCAAAACCAAAAGCUACACAAUGAGGAUUCUCCUGCAGCCCCUUUAAAAGUUCCUGUUAAUUCAGGUCAUGAUGAUAAGAAAUUGGAAACUUCAUAA